CUUCUCCAUCUUCACUCCUCUUUUCCCUCUGUGAACCUUCUCUCUCUCUCUCUUCUUUCUUAGCAACAAACACUUUCUCUCUCUAGACACUCACAUUCAUUCUUUGCUUCACUCUUUUAAAAUCACGAGAUCCCCAUCUCUUUCCCUUUUCCUUUCCCUUCCCAUGCCUUUGUUCAGAGUAUCUAAUCCUCCUUUCAUCUCCACUCUUCUCUGCCGUCUCCAUUGACGCUAUUACCAAUAAACCUCUUUUAGAGCUCUCUUCGAUCAUUCAUUCACUUGGUUUGUUUCUUCACCGUUUUUUUUUUAAAAAUGUCACAUUCAGGUAAACCGGUUACUGAAUCUGAUAACCGUCUCCGUGAUUCAUUAACCUCCGACACCAACAAACCGGACUUUCGUGAGCUAGAUCUCGGUUCGCCGGUUUCUCCGCUUCGUACUCAGCCACGUGGACUCACGACAACCACAACCACUACAAGUAGCAGCAGCUCCAGCUCUUCCGGAUCUGUAACCGGCCGGAUUAGACAUGCUCCGGUUACCGUAAGAUCCGGUUCGGUUACUGUUAGUCAAUCCGGUUCGAGAUCGGACUCGGUUACUUCAAACUCACAACCACUCAUCUCCUCCUCCUCCUCCUCCUACUCUGCAACUUCUCCGGCGAAUGUACUCCCCACCGGCAACAUUUGUCCCUCCGGCAAGAUCCAAAUCACCGAAAUGACGCAGAGCCGGUCAAGAAGCGACGUUCUCGGAUCCGGCACGGGAACGUACGGUCACGGAAGCAUAAUGCGAGGAGGCGGAGGAGGAGGAAGCAGUGUCUCUCCGGCGAAACUCAUCUCCACCAGACAAGUACCGAGUUCGCCGGUUAUUGUCGGUACUGGAAGUAGUAGUCCGGUUAAAGCAGCAGAGGAAGUGAAGAGAGCGGGCAACGAAAUGUAUAAGAAAGGUCUGUUCAGUGAGGCUUUGAAGUUGUACGAUAAAGCUAUUGCUUUAUCACCGACAAACGCUGCUUACCGGAGCAACCGCGCCGCUGCAUUGACGGGUUUGGCUAGGAUCGGUGAAGCUGUGGAGGAGUGUGAAGAAGCUCUGAGAUUGGAUCCUAACUAUGGAAGAGCUCAUCACCGUUUGGCUCUUUUGCUUAUUAGAUUAGGACAGGUUGAUAGUGCAAGGAAGCAUCUUUGUUUUCUCGGGAAACCAUCAGAUCCUAUGGAGUUGCGGAAGCUUGAAGCAGUGGAGAGACAUAUGAGCAAAUGUGCAGAUGCGAGGAAGGUCGGUGAUUGGAAAGCUUCUUUGAUGGAAGUAGAUGCAGCUAUUGUUUCUGGAGCUGACUUUUCUCCUCAUCUAGGUAUGUGUAAAGUAGAAGCACUCUUGAAACUCCACCGGCUUGAUGAUGCACAAGCAAAGCUUCUAGAAGUCCCCAAAGCAGAGCCGUUUCCAGCAUCUCGGUUCUCUGGUAUGGCCUGUGAAGCUUAUACGUACUUUGUCAAAGCUCAGAUCGAGAUGGCUUUGGGAAGGUUCGAAAACGCAGUGAUGGCUUCCGAGAAAGCUAGCGAAAUCGAUCCGCGGAGCAACGAAGUCGCUAUGUUGCACAAUACUGUUACAUUGGUUGCUAGGGCUCGUGCUCGUGGUAACGAUCUUUAUAAAUCAGAAAGAUACACGGAAGCUAGCUCAGCUUACGCAGAAGGCCUUAGGCUCGAACCGUGCAACGCUGUUUUGUAUUGCAACCGAGCAGCUUGUUGGUUUAAGCUUAGGAUGUGGGAACGUUCGGUUGAAGAUUGUAACCAAGCGCUGCGUUUCCAACCGCGUUACACAAAGCCUCUUCUUCGGAGAGCUGCCUGUAAUAACAAGAUGGAGAGAUGGGUAGCUGCAGUGAGUGAUUACGAAGCGUUGAGAAAAGAACUACCUCAUGAUAAGGAAGUUGCUGAAUCUUUGUUCCAUGCUCAAGUGGCGUUGAAGAAAUCUAGAGGAGAAGAAGUUUUGAAUAAGGAGUUUGGUGGUGAGGUUGAAGAGGUUUAUAGUCGUGAACAGUUUAGAACCGCCAUGAAUCUACCAGGAGUUUCGGUUAUACAUUUCUUGACGGCUUCUGAUCAUCAAUGCGAGCAGAUAUCUCUGUUUAUGGACUCGUUCUGUACUCGUUAUCCUUCUAUACACUUCCUCAAGGUGGAUAUCGAUAAAUGUCCUUCGAUAGGUAAUGCAGAGAAUGUGAGGGUUGUACCGACAGUGAAGAUAUACAAGAACGGUACUCGAGUUAAGGAGAUUGUCUGUCCAAGCAAAGAAGUAUUGGAGUACUCUGUGAGGCACUAUAGCGGUUAAUACUAGCAAAAAUUCACUCUUUAACUUCUUAAGAUAUGAUUCAUUACCAGGGAACCUCAUUAGUGUAGAGUGUCAGCUCUUUAUGAUUUGUUCAUUCAUUGCCCUGUGAUCUGUCUCUGUACUCUUCUUUCCAUUCAUUUUUCUCGAGAUUGGUGAGUGGUUCCUUCUUCUAGUUUCACUUGUUUAGGUAUUUUGAGAGAUGCUACUGGUUGGAGAUUACUUUGUGUACAUAAGAGAAAAGAUUGUAUGUGACUGAAGAAAGGGGCUUUCCUGAAACGGGCAACAGAGGAAUAUUUGGAUCCUUCAUUUUUUUAAUCCUUUUAGAGUUAGAGAAAGUGAGCCAUCUUGUCAUUUUGAUUCUCAUCUUUUUCACAACAUUUUCAUCAAUAAAUUAUAUAUAAUUUUUAUUCA